AUGGCUGGCAAGAAAAAGUCCAAGAAGCCCGCGGCCAACCCAGCCCGUGGUUUUGCUACCACGUCCCUUCCUUCCAAGCCGAGAGAGGCCGCCGAAGACGUUGCGCCACCAAAACCCAACAACAACAGCAACAACGAUACCACCAAGAACAAUGUCCAAGCAUCCAAAGAUGCCCCCGCGACCAACGGAACGACCGCUCCCACAGAGGCCGCCAAGGCUGCGCCAGAAAAGACCUUGAGCCCAGAAGAGUUCGAGCGCCAGCUGGAAGAGUCCGAGUUACAGUUGUUGGUCGAGAAAUAUGCGCCCAAGGUGCGCCGAGAUGCGCUGCGCCAAAAGACCCGUCUCGAGACCGACAGACGUCUGCUACGAGGCCAGGCCGAUUCCGUCAAUGCGAAAAAGUGGCUGCCUCAAGACUUGAUGGACCAUGUCCUGGACCUGAUCCAGGCCGAAAGUCGCUUUGCUGCUUCCAGUCUUACCUCCGAGGGCGCAACUAGCAGAUUGCCCCCAGAGGAAGACCUCAUCAUCAAGCUAUGGACCCUCCAACAGACCCUCGAGGGCGCCGAUUUUCCACAAGAAAAGAUCCAGCCCGCACUACAGUUUGCCUUGGACAUUGCUCCCAAUAUUUCCUCCACAGUUAAGAGCGAUUCCGUCUGGGGUCUCGACGAAGUGCUGGAUUGGCUAGCCAGAGAAUGUUCCAAGGAGGAGCUCCCUGAUUACAGUGGUCGCGCAAAGAAGUCCCAGAUAGACACCCCCUCGGAAACACCUCUCCCGUCCGGCGCAGUCACCCCUCAACUUCCCGAGCUAGGCCCGCGCGGCAAGAAGGCCAAGAACAAUCAAACCUCCCGGUCAUCCCGAGCCCCUUCUCCGAAACGAUCAAAGGUGGUUUUUGACGAGUACAUUGAGCCCGAUCAAUUGCUCCCCUUUUACCUGGAAACCAAGACCAAACUGUUCGAAAUCCAACGCCCCCGCCUGGACACCGCAAAGGGCAAGAAGGGCAAGGCCGAGGCAAACCCGAGUGAUCCAGAAGAGGCCCUUCUGCUGGCCAAGAUCGAGCGAGUCGAAAAGGAUAUCCUGUUUGACAAGUAUGUUGCCGAGCAACAAUGGAGAGACAAGAAGAUCGAUUUGGAAAAGGACUAUGCGGCCAACAAGAAAAAGCAAGUGGAGGAGGAACAAGAGGAAACGCCUGCGUCAACCGAGGUGGACGAUAUUGCUGCUGAAGCGGAGCGCAUGGCCGCAGAACUUCUUGCCGAGAACCCCGAGGAUGAUGACGAGGCUCUUGCCGGUCUGUUUGCCAGCCUUCCCGUAAAUGAGGUUGAUCCCACCACCGGAAAGACAAACACGGUCAUGAAUAAUGCCGAUGGUUCCAGGAUUCAGAUCAGGGACUUUGGAAAGUGGACUGGCGUGAGCCCCAUGCGUGCGCUAGAGGAGGCUUGUCGGUCUAGGGACAAUGCUGUCAAGAUCUCGUAUCAUGUUUUGUCGGACGUUUCCUUUGCCAGCAGACAUGCCGUCAAGAUUCUCUGGUCCAAACCCCAGGAGAUCCCCGCUCCUCCGGACUCGGACGAUAUCGAGGUCUUCACGGCGCCCACCCAGUUUGUGUUCAAGAUGGUGUCCAUCGCCACGCCAGAUGCGAAGCAGUCCGAGGCAUACAUUGCUACUAUCGCCUUGUUCCUCAUCUUUAGCUCUUCAGCCAAGGAAGAAAAGGUGGCCAUGAGGCUGCCUGUGGCCUGGAAGGAUCUUUGGUCAGAAAUGGCCGAAGCCCGGAAGAGCAAGGCUGACGAGGCAGACCGCGCGGUCGUGAAACACUUGCGCGAUCUGGUUCGGAAGCGGAUGGACCAGGAAUUGGAGGAUGGUGUCAUCAUUCAGGGUGCUUUCAAGGGUCGUGGCCAAUCCCGGACUCAGACAGAUUCGGAAUCGGACCAGGAGCGGGCAAAGCGCAACGCCCAGGACCCCGAGUAUUACCAGAGGAUCUGGCUGCAAAAGGCCAGCACGCCUAGGUUCCAGCAAAUGCUGGCGUCUCGCAUGCAGCUUCCCAUGUGGCAGUUCCGGCAACAGGUUGUCGACACUGUCGAGAGAGAACAGGUGGUGAUCAUUUGCGGAGAGACUGGUUGCGGAAAGAGUACACAGGUCCCCUCUUUCUUGCUGGAGGAUCAGCUCAUGAAGGGCAGAAACUGCAAGAUUUACUGCACGGAACCUCGUCGUAUUUCGGCCCUCUCUUUGGCCAAGAGAGUCAGCGAGGAAAUUGGUGAGGGUAGAGGUGACCUGGGUACACCUCGGUCUCUGGUGGGUUAUUCGAUCCGUCUCGAGGCAAACACUUCGAGAGAAACUCGCCUUGUUUACGCUACCACGGGUAUCGUCAUGCGUAUGUUGGAGGGAUCUAAUGACCUCAACGAGAUCACCCAUUUGGUUCUCGAUGAAGUUCAUGAACGUUCCAUUGACAGUGAUUUCCUCUUGAUCGUUCUCAAGAAGUUGCUCGCUCGGAGAAAGGAUCUCAAGGUGGUUCUCAUGUCAGCCACGGUGGAUGCCGAGCGCUUCUCCAACUACCUUGGCGGAGCGCCAGUUCUGAAUGUUCCCGGCCGAACGUUCCCCGUCAAGGUGGCCUAUCUGGAAGAUGCCGUUGAAUUGACGGGUUAUACCCUCGAUCAGCGGAAUCCCGUCGCAUCAAAGCUUACUGAGCUUGACGACGAGGCGGAUGCCGAGGUUGAUACGUCUUCCAAACCUGAGCUGAUCCAGUCGCUCAGGAACUACUCUGCCAGAACUCGCAAUACUCUGGCGCAAAUGGACGAGUAUCAGAUCGACUUUGACCUGAUUGUCCAGCUGAUUUCUACGAUUGCCACCCAUCCGGAUUAUGUCGAUUUCAGCAAAGCCAUUCUGGUCUUCUUGCCCGGUAUCGCUGAGAUCCGGACACUCAACGACAUGCUGCUCGGCGACAAAGCCUUUGCUGAUCACUGGCUGGUCUACCCGUUGCAUUCUACCAUUGCUACUGAGGACCAGGAAGCCGCCUUCCUCGUUCCUCCUCCCGGUUUGAGGAAGAUUGUCUUGGCUACCAACAUUGCCGAGACGGGUAUUACCAUUCCCGAUGUCACCUGUGUCAUUGACACUGGCAAACAUCGUGAGAUGAGAUUCGACGAACGGAGGCAACUGUCCCGACUUAUUGAUACCUUCAUUUCGCGUGCCAACGCCAAGCAGCGUCGUGGUCGUGCCGGUCGUGUGCAGGAGGGUCUUUGCUUCCACAUGUUCACCAAGCACCGCCAUGACAACAUCAUGAGCGACCAGCAAACUCCCGAAAUGCUGCGUCUUUCCCUGCAGGAUCUUGCUAUUCGCGUCAAGAUUUGCAAGAUUGGUGGUAUUGAAGAGACUCUGGGCGAGGCGCUCGAUCCACCUUCGGCAAAGAACAUUCGUCGUGCCAUUGAUGCCCUUGUCGAUGUUCGUGCCCUUACCGCCUCAUCGGAGGAGCUCACGCCGCUCGGCAUUCAGCUGGCCCGCUUACCGCUCGACGUGUUCCUGGGCAAGCUCAUCCUUCUGGGCGCCAUCUUCAAGUGUCUUGACAUGGCCAUUACCGUGGCCGCUAUUCUUUCGUCCAAGUCCCCCUUCGUUGCGCCGUUUGGACAGCGUCAACAAGCCAACACCGUCCGCAUGGGAUUCCGCAAGGGUGACUCGGACCUUCUGACCGUUUACAACGCAUACCAGUCUUGGAAGCGUGUGUGUCAGUCGUCGACCAGCGGUGGCGCCGAGUUCCAGUACUGCCGGAAGAACUUCCUCUCGCCCCAGACGCUGGCGAACAUUGAGGAUCUCAAGGGCCAACUUCUCGUGUCGGUUGCCGACUCUGGCUUCCUGCAGCUAACGACUCAAGAGAGACAGGUGCUUAACAGGCUUCGGUUUGGUGGAAAACGUCGGUACCAAGCCUUCUAUGAGGUUCCUCAGCGGGUCAAUAUCAACAGCGACAAUGAGUUGAUUGCUCAGUCGGUAAUCGCGUGGAGUUUCUACCCCAAGCUCCUGGUGAGGGAUGUGCCCGGCAGCAAGGGCCUGCGCAACGUGGGCAACAACCAGAACAUUAGCUUGCAUCCUAGCAGUGUGAACAAGGGUCAUAACGAGCUGCGGUGGUUGAGUUAUUAUAAUAUCAUGCAAACCAAAGGAAGCGUCUACAAUGCCCACGAGACCACCGCCGUGGAUCCAUUCGCGGUUGCCCUCCUCUGCGGUGACGUCCGCGCCGACAUGUACUCGGGCGUGCUUGUGCUCGACGGCAACCGCGCCCGCUUUGCCGUGUCCGACUGGAAGACGAUGCUGGUGGUCAAGAUGCUGAGGACCCGACUCAAGGAGGUGAUGGCGCGCAGCUUCAAGAACCCCGGCAAGCUGCCGACGGCGCAGCAUGAGCGCUGGCUGGAGGUUUGGCAGCGCGUCUUUACCAUGGCUAUGGAGCAGAGGGAGAAGGCGGCGGCUACGGCUUCGAGUGUUUCGGUUGCUGCUUAG